CUUCUGCAGGGCGACCGGCGGCCUCCGGAGACGCUGCCCCCGCAGAUCGGCUCUCGAGAGGCCCGCGGGACGGCAGACUUUCUUCCUGCCUGCUUUAUGGGAGGAACUGUGACUGCCGCGAGUGAAAAUGAGGUUGCUAUGGAAACUGGCAAUUCUGCUGCCACUCAUCAAGGCUGGUGCAGGUGGCGGCCCUUCCAGCAGCCCCUCCUUCACCCAGGAGCCUCAGGACAUCACCUUCCCUCUGCAUCGGCCACAGUCUGAAGUCACCCUGAGCUGUGCCGCCAGUGGCGACCCCCCUCCGCAUUACAGGUGGAGGCACAAUGGCAGAGACCUCGGCUUUUCCGGGAGCUCUCACUACAGGUUGGACGGAGGCAGCCUGGUGAUCGGCAGCCCGCGCCCGGACCGAGACGGCGGCGCCUACCAGUGCCUGGCCGCCAACCCGCUGGGCACGGCGCUGAGUCAGAAGGCGGAGCUCCAGUUUGCAUAUAUCGAAGACUUCGAAACCAGAGCGCGAAGCGCGGUGUCCGUCCGGGAAGGCCAGGGCGUGGUGCUGCUCUGCGGCCCGCCGCCCCACUCCGGAGCCCUGUCCUAUGCCUGGGCCAUCAACGACAGCCCUCUGCACGUGCAGGAGGACGGCCGGCGGUUUGUCUCCCAGGAGACGGGCAACCUGUACAUCGCCAAGGUGGAGCCGUCCGACGUGGGCAACUACACCUGCGCCGUGACGAACGCGCAGGCGCAGAGGAGUGUGCGGGGCCCGCCCACGCCGCUGGUGCAGCGCCCGGACGGUGCGAUGGGGGAGUACGAGCCCAAGAUCGAAGUGCGCUUCCCCGACACGGUGCUCGCCGCCAAGGACUCGACUGUGAAACUGGAAUGCUUCGCCCUUGGAAACCCAGUCCCCGACAUUAGUUGGAGGAGGUUGGACGGAAGCCCGUUGCCAGGGAAAGUCAAGUACAGCAAAUCCCAGGCUACCCUUGAAAUCCCGAACUUUCAACAGGAAGAUGAAGGCGUCUACGAGUGCACCGCGGGCAACCUGCGUGGAAGGAACCGGGCGAAGGGCCGGCUGGUGUUCUAUGCCCCUCCGGAGUGGGAGCGCAAGAUCCAGAACGCUCGCGUGUCUGUCUACGACAGCCUGCGCUGGGAGUGCAGAGCCCGCGGGAGGCCGCGGCCCUGGUACAGGUGGUGGAAGAACGGGGAACCCCUGCGCCCACAGGAAAGAAUUCAAAUAGAAAACGGGACACUCACCAUCACGACGCUGAAUGUGUCAGAUUCCGGCAUCUACCAGUGUGCGGCCGAAAACAAAUACCGGAUAAUUUAUGCAAACGCAGAAUUGAGAGUAUUAGCUUCAGCUCCCGAUUUCUCCAAAAACCCCGUCAAGAGGAGUUCGGUCGUGCACGUCGGUGGAGACGUGGCCAUCGAGUGCCGGCCCCAGGCGUUCCCCAGGGCCACCGUCUCCUGGAGGAGGGGGGCGCAGAGCCUGCGGCAGAGCGGAAGGGUGUCUCUCUCGGAGGACGGCAGCCUGGAGAUACGCAACGUGACCAGGUCCGACGCGGGACCCUACACCUGCGUCGCGACCAACCAGUUCGGCUCGGCCAAGAACAUGGGCAGCCUCGUCGUGAAAGAGCGCACCGCCAUCACCGUGCCGCCGCCCCCGACGGACGUCACCGUGGGCGAGAGCAUCGUGCUGCCGUGCCAGGUGUCUCGCGACCCCUCGGUGGAGGUGGGCUUUGUCUGGUCCUUCAACGGGCACGCCAUCGACCUCGGGGAGGGAGAGCCGCACUUCGAGCGGAUCGGCGGGGACUCUGUCGGGGAUUUGAUGAUCAGGAACAUUCAGCUAAGUCACUCGGGGAGGUACCUGUGCACGGUGAGAACAGCUCUGGAAACCUUGUCUGCCGCCGCCGAAGUCAUUGUCAGAGGCCCCCCCGGCCCCCCCCGGGACGUCAGAGUGGACCAGGUCUCCAGCACCACGUCCCGGCUCAGCUGGGGGCCGGGCGCGGACAACAACAGCCCCGUGCAGGUCUUCGCGGUGCAGGCUCGGACCCCCUUUUCCGUGGGGUGGCAGGCGGUUUCCACGGUUCCAGAAGUUCUCAGCGGCCAGACAUUCAACGCGACCGUGGUCGGCCUGAGCCCGUGGGUGGAGUACGAGUUCCGGGUCGUUGCCGGGAACGGCAUUGGGAUCGGGGAGCCCAGCCGCCCGUCGGAGCUGCUAAGGACCAAAGCAUCGGUGCCGGCCGUGGCCCCUGCCAACAUCCACGGAGGCGGAGGAAGCCGGUCUGACCUCGUCGUGAUGUGGGAGCCCGUGCCGGAGGAGCUCCAGAGCGGAGGGGGGUUCGGCUACGUCGUCAUGCUGCGGCCCGUGGGCGCGGCCGCCUGGACCACGCGCAGGGUGCCGGCAGCGGAGCCGUGCUCGUUCGUGUACAGAAACGAGAGCGUCAGCCCCCUCUCCCCCUUCGAGGUCAAGGUGGGCGUGUACAACAGCGAAGGGGACGGGGCGCUGAGCCCCUCGGCCGUCAUCUACUCCGGGGAGGACGAACCCCAGCUGGCCCCGGGGGGCACGUCGGCCCAGAGCUCCUCUGCUUCGGAAAUGGAGGUGUCGUGGACGGCCAUCGCCUGGAACAGGCACACCGGGCGGGUGCUGGGCUAUGAGGUGUCCUACUGGACAGACGACCCCCGGGAGCCCUCGGCCGGCCGGGUGCGCGUUGGUGGGAACGCCACGGCCAAGACCGUCACCGGGCUGCGGGCGAACACCGUCUACUUCGCCUCCGUCAGAGCCUACAACACGGGCGGCGUGGGGCCCUCCAGCCCCCCGGUCAACGCCACCACCAAAAAGUCCCCGCCCAGCCAGCCGCCCGCCAACAUCGCCUGGAGGCUGCGGGACUCCAAGCUCUGCCUGAACUGGGAGCACGUGAGGACCACGGAGAACGAGUCCGAGGUGCUGGGCUACAAGAUCCUGUACCGGCACAACCGGCAGAGCGAGACCCACGUGCUGGAGACCAACGACACGUCCGCCGAGCUGCGGGCGCCGCUGGAGGAGGACUACCUGGUGGAGAUCCGGGCGGUCAGCGACGGCGGGGACGGCAGCAGCAGCCGGGAGAUCAGGAUCCCCAGGGUGUCCAGUCUGAGUUCCGGAGGAGUUCCCGUGUCAGAACCGGGCGACCGUUUCCUGCCAGUGGCCGUCGUGAUUCUCACUGUUUUGCCCUUUGCCCACUCGUACGACGAAUAA